AUGGAGAGGAAAAGGAAGCAUUGCUUGGGAAAAAAGGAGACUCAUGCUAAAAAAGAGGAACAAUUUGAAGAACACCUUGCAGGGUCAAAAGAGUAUGAGAUAUCUCCUGUACAUUCUCAGAGAAGUAGUAUUUGCAAUAAGCAGGAGACCGAUAGAGGCAGAGAACGCACAAGACAAUGCUUCUCAAAGGAACACAGGGAACAAGCCCCGGAAAGAUACCAAUCCUCAAGUAAAGAUGAGGAGCAGGGCAGGCAGAAAAAGGCAAAGCUGUCCUUAUCUGGAAAGCUGGGUAGUCAAUGUUAUAAACAAUUUGACAGUAAGAAUAUGCCUGACAUGCAGAAGAAUGGUCAGGUAUGUCUACCCAAAAAGCAUAGCUUGAAAAGAUCAAGGAAAUCUGAAGAUGAGAACAAGCCGUGUAGCCUAAAGAAGCAAAAGUCAUCGUCUGGAAAACAAGGACAGGAGAAAAGUGUUGAGGAGAUAGGUAAUCACAAUGAUAUUACACAGAGAGAUGAUGAAAAUGUUGCAACUGUGAAGACAAUAAAGGCUUUACAUGGAUUUGUACUUCCACACAAGUCAUUAGAUUUUCAAUAAAUUGAAUAAAACUCUUAGGAAUAUUCAUUAAAUUGUAAAUUAAGGGUACUCUAAAUUAAUUGAAAGUGCAUGUUUAGGUUUAAAAAAAAUCUCCACAAGUCCACUAUGGUUUGCCUAUUUUGCCCUGAAUUUGACAUUCACUGCAAAUUAAUAUUGGAAUAUUUAUCCAUGCAUGGUGGAUUUAUCAAUAUUAAAAAUAUGGAAAAGUUGUGAAGAACAUUAAAAAAAUAAAAAUCAUGCAUAGCAUGUAAGCUUUAUUGCUUUUAAAUGAACACUCCAAGCAGUAUAUUGACUUAAGAGUGUGGGAUGGGAAUGUUCAUAUGACUAUUCCAUAGGGCCAAUGAAAUUAAACAAUGCCUAGUGUUCAUGAUUAAUUGGAAGCUACUAUCAUAUGUGUUAAAUCCUUAAGGAGGAAGUGGACAAUCUAAGAAAUCGAAGAAGCACCCUGCUCUGUCGCUGGAUGGUUACCAAUUCCAUAGCACACUGGGGAAAGGCAACUUUGGAAAAGUGAGUGUGUAAGGGAAAUAUAAAAUUUUAAAAAUUAAUACAUUUAGCAGAGUAAAUAGGUGGCUCCUUCCUUUUUACAUUUUGCACCACAUUAUACAACAGACACAUUGAUAAAUCUCAGCCUCUGUGUAAGUCUCUAGGUUUUCAUAGUUUAAGUUGAAAAUUAGGUGUAGAAGUACAAUGUCCUAUAAUUAUGAUAGAAUUGCCUAAGUCAGAGCUCGACAAAUCCCAGGCGCCAGGUCACCAUUGCGACUAGGAUUUUAGACCUGGCAUCUGGGAUUUGUUAGCCCACUUAUCACCUGAGGUAGUCAGCUGCCAAUGAGUGGAGGCGGCCAGCCGGCUGGCUCAUAAAGAGCAUAGGCAUGCGGUAAGUUGGCCGAGAGUGUGGGGUGUGCGCACGGGCGAGAGGCUCCUGAAAGAUUGAUGCAGACGGGCAGGCGUGUGAGGGAGCUGUAACCUCCCUGCUCUGCUCCCUCACGCGUCCUCCAGUGGUGCCAGGAGCUGGAAUAUGACGUCAUUCCGGCCCUGGCAUCACUAAACAGCGAUCUAUGGAGCAGAGCAGGGAGAUGACUGAAGCCUCACUGGACCCCAGGAAAAGCCGAACCACUCCAGCUCCCGGUAGGGAGGCUGGGUGGUCACCUUAAAGGACCACUCUAGGCACCCAAACCACUUCAGCUUAAUGAAGUGGUCUGGGUGCCUGGUCCAGCUAGGGUUAACCCAUUUUUUUUUAUAAACAUAGCAGUUUCAGUUUCUCAUUGAUAGCCGCUAGAGGCGUUUGCAUGCUUCUCACUGUGAAAAUCACAGUGAGAAGACGCAAGCGUCCAUAGGAAUGCAUUAUGAAUGCUUUCCUAUGAGACUGGCUGAAUGCGUGCGCAGCUCCUGCCGCGCAUGCGCAUUCAGCCGAAGAGGAGGAGAAGAGGCAGAGAGGAGGAGGAGAACUCACGCCCGGCGCUGGAGAAAGGUAAGAUUUUAACCCCUUCCUCUCCCCAGAGCCCACCCUCAGGGCACUAUAGUGCCAGGAAAACAUAAAGUGGUCCUUUAAUGUGUUUUGUUAUUGCAGUGACAGUGAAUGUGUGUGUGUGUCAGUGAGCGAGUGUGUGUGUGUAUGUAAGUCAGUGAGUGAGUGUGUGUGUUUAGGUGACUGGUCCCACUCCAAUCACACGGGUAAGGGUUUUUUACUCACUUUUUUCCCCCACGUUGUGCUGGUCUCGCCGCAGCUGGCCGUGCCUUCAUGACUGUGAUUAAUCUUGAUGAUCUCAGCCAAUCCAAUGCUUUCCCAUAGGAAAGCAUUGGGAGGCUAUUGCGCAUGUAUGGCAAAACACCAUGCUGCGCCAAUCACCACUCCUCAUAGAGAUGAAUUGAAUGAAUGCAUCUCUAUGGGGAACAUUCAGCGCCUCCAUGCAGAGCAUGGCGACACUAAACGUAGGUGCUGCAUACUGUUAAGCACUGACCCAGGAUGCACUCUAGAGGCCAUCUGAGUGACUUUCACUAGAAGUGUUACAAGGCAACAAUGUAAAUACUGCCCUUUUCUUUUAAAAGGCAGGGUUUACAUUGAAAAUUGUGGAGGGACAGGUUAUAGACACGAGAACAACUACAUUAAGCUGUAGUGGAUCUGGUGACUAUAGUGUCCCUUUAAGAGCUGUAUUUUUUUACUUUGAAAAACCUGGCUCCUAACUUUUUUUUUUUGCUGGCUCCUAGAUUCUAAGCAAAUUUGUCAAGCCCUGGCCAAGUUUUCCAAGCUAGCCAUUCAGCCCUUAUGAACACAUCCAUUAUGUAGUGUAGGAAUAAUGUUAUGUGAUUGUAAACAGACACCUGUAAUCUUAGUGUCUCAACUUCCCAAUUGCUUUAUUUCAUGUUGGGCUAAUACGGUCUUUUCUCGCCUCUCUUAGGUGAUGCUGGCUUCCUAUAAGAGCACAAAAAAACGUGUUGCAGUUAAAGUCAUCAAUAAAAAAAAGGAAAACCAGGCAUCCGUCCUGACAGAGAACCGGGUUUUGCAAAUGGCGGUUGGCAGCCCAUUCUUAUGCCAGGGAUUUGCUGCCUUCCAGUCUGAGGUACGAGUCCGUAGUGUUUCUUAAUUACCUUCCCUUCUACAUACUUUGUAUGAUAAUCAAACUCUUCUAUAAACAAACUAAUCAAAUCAGUCAGUUUUCACUAUUUGUCUUGUGCAAAAUGUCCAUUACUUUAAAAAGGAAGCAAAUUGUGUACUGUGACACAAAUAUUAAACAAAAGAAUAGCUAGAAUAUAUACCGUAUUUACGCAAAUCUAAUGCACACCUUUUUUGGAAAAUAAAUGUUUCCAAAAUUUGAAUGAGCAUUAGAUUCCAUGGCGCACUACAUUCGGGACAAAAUUCGAAAUUUUCCAGUGAAUUGAAACAAGCGAAUUAAAAUUUGUGAAUUAAAACAGGUGGAUUAAGGGGCGGGGCUUGACAUCCAAGAUGGCCGGAUGUGUUUCUGCUUAGCUCUGACCUGAACAAGCCUUAUGUUAGCUAGCAUGUUAUAUCACACUCUCCAGCCUAGCUUAGCUCACCACUAAUCUAACAUGCUAAAUGUUUAUGUAUACACGCAUCAAGCAAAGUUUAGCUAGCAUGUUUCACACUAGAUAUAUCUUGCAUGCUGCCAGUUACCAUAACCGUAGCUUUUUAUUUCAUUCAUGUACACUUACAUAUUCAAUAUUUUGUUUCCUUUUGCAUAUAUAUAUAUAUAUAUAUAUAUAUAUAUAUAUAUUUUUUUUUUUAAAUGUGCUGAUAUCUCUAUUGCCACACUGUUAUACUAUGUGUUUUACUGAUCUUGCUUCUGCUAUUGGGACAAUGCAAGACUGACUUUUUGUCAGGAUUCGAACCUGGGUACUUGGUGGUUCUGGUUCUGCUUCCUACUUCUGAGCCACAGUAGCUUUGUUUCUUUCCAGCUAUUUCAGUUCUAUUGAUACUGGCUUGUCUGCAGCACUGGGGGAUGGUUCUUGUCGUUAGCCGUGCUUCACCCGAUCCUGAUCAAAUAUCAGCAGGGUAUAUAAACUCAGCCUCGCCCUUUGAUCCUGUUGUGUGUGUGUUCCGUGCACAGAUCCACAGACCAGGUGAAUUCUUACCUGACCACCUUGGCCUGUGGCUAUUUGCAAGGGUGAGCAUCAUAUCUGCGCUACAGACUCCCAACUCAGGCAAGACCCUGACACUUAUCUGUGCACAAAAAUAAUAAUAAAUAAAUAAAUAAAAAACAGGUGGAUUAAAACAGACAAAUUGAAACAGACGAUUUCAAACUGACGAAUUCAAACAGGUGAAUUUCAUUCCGGCGAAUUCAAACAAGAAAAUUCACACAGGCCAAUUUUGUUCUUGAAAGAAGAGAGCUAUAGAAAGAAAGAAUAGACUUAACAUGUAGCACUAAUAUUGAAAUACCAUCAAUGUUACUAUAGUAUAUGGAAAAAAACAUUUUCAUUGUAGCACAAUGUUGUAUAGUAGUAUCUUCUUGUAUAAAUGCGCAUUACAUUGGCCUGCAAAAAUAUUUUUCACCUUCCAGGUUUAAAAAAAUUGAGGUGUGCAUUAGAUUCGAUGGCACAUUAGAUUCGAGUAAAUAUGGUACGUAUGUAUGUACUGUCUUAAAGUAUUAAUUAUAUAGCUUAUAGUAAACAGCUAUUUUGUGUCUAAUUUGAAACAGAUUAAUUCUUUCCUCGUCAUGGAUUACAUACAAGGAGACACUCUUGAUGCUUUUAUGGCUAAAAAGGGCAGUUUAUCCGUAGAAGAAUCAAAGUAAGUCAUUACCAAAAAUAAUUGGAAGGAGACAUAAGAAAGGGGUUUAAGGCUGGAGAUGGAUGCCCCCACCACUCACCCCUCCCCUUUUGUGUCUUCCCUCUUUUCCCGCCUCCCCCUUCUUCUUUUCUUAUGCUGAUUUUAGCUUCUUUUGUGAAAAAAUAUAAAAUUGUUCAUGCAAGCAUAUGGUGAUCAUGAAAUAACUAAGCACAGUGGGGCACCACAGGCAGAUUCAGUGUAAAUUCAAAGACAGAUAUUGUAACGUACACUAGGGAACCCUUAGACGCAGACAGGACAGAGUAGAGAGAAUUGCAAUAUCGAUCCUUAGAAUGGUCGGGUUAUGCAAAAAGGGAUAGACAAAACAUGAGCAGAGGUCAAGGGAAACAUAGAGACGAAUUAAGGAGAGUCAAAGCCAAAUAUUAGUAACCAGGAAAUCCAAAUAAGUGCAACGCUCAAUGGUAAACCAAAGACCACAACAGGGCACUGAGGCAAGGGAGGGGUUAGUUUAUAUACACACAGGGUGUGUCUGAUUGGCUAACCUCCAAUUAGUGUUAACCACAACAUGUGGGAGGAGUUUCUUCUCACCCUUGUGGUCUCUGAGGUCAUCACUGUGUACAGAGUCACAUGACCGCAUGCAGCACACAUAUAAGGAUGCUGCUCUGGAGCGUGCAGCGUCAGACACACUGGCAGCCUGGAGACAGGGACCAGAUGAUGCCGCUCGUGGUGAUGAGGUAAGCAAGGUCGCCGGGAGCGGCGCGGGGGCAGGGGACCUGACAGAUAUACAUUGAGGGCUCAGUUAUAAAUUGUCUUGGAUACCACACAACUACCAUACCUUCGUGCACGAGAGAUGCGUGUAACAUAAAAACAGCCCGCUCAGUACAUAGAAUACUGUUGUAAAGCGUAUCUACAUACCUCCGACAUACCUGUGUUACACUUUAUAUGACCUUUGUUAAAACUUUAUCCCUAUGUUCAUUCAUGCUUUAUGGUGUAAUAUACUUAUUGAUUGCCUUGCCUUUUGUCAAUGUAACUUAAUAUGCAUAACUUGAUAAAUAAAGAAUUUAACAAAAAAAAAAAGGAAAGCGGUUUAAUAUGCUAUAGAAGAUUGUAAGAAGGAAUAGAAUACCUCCACAAACGCGUACAUAUAUAAUUUAUUGAGCCUCAAUCAAAAUUUACAGUUGAACACUGAGGGGGAACCUGGGGCUAUUACUAAUGUACUGAGUCAGAGAUUGUCCUUUCUAUAUAUAAAAAAACACAGGCCUAGCACCAAUAUCUGUCUGUCUGAACAAGAUGCGCAAAAUAUCAGCUUGUCUAUCUCUACUCUGCACCCAAUUAAAUACAAAUCAGUUUCUCCUGAAUGAGUAUUGCUUAAAGCACAAUCUUUUAUUUCACUUUGUCUUCUGAACACCUUCUUCAAUUUAAGGAUCAUAAUUUUAAAUAAAUAAAAUAAAAAUCACAUUGUUUUAAUAACAAUAAGAACAACACUUGGAAUUUAAAAUUCUCUAAUCAUUGGAGACAGGUCCUAUUUCAUUUAAAUUUCAUUUUAAAAAUGUUUUGGAGGAUGAGUGUAUUGAAAUGUUCUGCCCCGGUAUUAUUUGUGCUUUAUUUUCAUUUAUUUUUUGGUGCAGAUUGCUUUAUAUUAUUGUAUUGCUACUUCCUAUCCUAAUGUGCUUUAUACCCCACCUCCUAUAGACUGUAAGCUCGUUUGAGCAGGGUCCUCUUCAACCUAUUGUUCCUGUAAGUCUUCUUGUAAUUGUCCUAUUUAUAGUUAAAUCCCCCCUCUCAUAAUAUUGUAAAGCGCUACGGAAUCUGUUGGCGCUAUAUAAAUGGCAAUAAUAGAAAUAAUAAUUUUUUAAAAAUUAUAUAUUUUUUUUAAUUUAGAUUCAUCUCAGCGGAGCUUAUCUGUGGGCUACAAUAUCUACAUUCCCAUGGCAUUAUACAUCGGUCAGUAUUAGCUUUGGUUUAUUCAGAAAGCUGUAAAGUAUUUGAAUUAAAAAAAAAAAAAAAAUUGUUUCUAACUCAGUUUUCUCCAUUAUUUUUAAUAUUCUUUCUCUUUAUUUAGUGAUCUGAAGCCUGAGAAUAUUCUCCUGACUAGAGAAGGCCAUGUGAAAAUAGCAGAUUUUGGCCUUGCAGCAGAGAACAUCCUGGGUGAUAAAAAGAUCAGGGAGCGUGUUGGAACACCUGUAAAUAUGGCACCAGAGGUUGGUAACAGGGAACUGUUUUAGGACCAGUAGGGGGACUGUUAGAGGGAGCGGUUAGAUGCAUUAUUAGGAGGUGUUAAGGAAGUGGUCAUAAAAACAGUAAUAGCAGAAAUGAUUGGAAUAAGUUCUAAAAGCAAAAUAAUAGCUAUGGUGUGGAUAUAAGUGCAGUAUAAAGUUUUGGGGCUGGAAACUUUUCAAAUGAUUUAAUAUUUAAAAAAAAAAUGUUUUCAUAGUUUAAUAGAUGUCAAAAUAAUUUUGUAUGAUAUAUUUUUCAUAUUUUGAAAAAAUAUAUUUUAAAAGUUUAAAUAAAAAUAUGAAAUCACUUAAAAAGCUUAUCCUAAACUAUAUAAGUCACCCAGACCACUUCAGCUCAUUGAAGUGGUUUGGGUGCAAUGUCCCUGUCCCUCUUAGUCCUGCAAUGUAAAUCAUCGCAGUUUUUGAUUACAUUAAUUACAUUGCAGGACUAAGACUGCCUCUGGUGGCUGUGAAUCAGAGAGCCACUAGAGGCACUUUCUGGUGGCUAAGCAACCAAAUGUUAUGGUAUGCAUGAGAACAUCCAGCAUUAGAUACAUCUCCAUAGGAAAGCAUUGAAGCUGUGCUUUCCAAUGGGGAGUGACUUAUGUGUAGUUGUGGUAGGAGUUAAAGGGAGCUGUUGCAGGAACGCUUCUAGACUAGCUCUGUAGGUAUAAUUUAAAUAAAAUGCUGGUGGUAUAUGAAAAAUCUAAAGGAUAGAGUAAGAUGGGCUUCAUAUGAACAUUCAGUUAAUAAUAAAACAAAUUAAAAAUAUGGUUGUAAUUUAAGUUUAAAUGCAGUAUUUAUCAAAUUACUUAUCUUGUGUCUUUUUGCCAGGUACUCAUGAACAAGGAAUAUGGUGUGUCUGCAGAUUGGUGGGCCCUAGGUAUACUUCUUUUCCGGAUGCUUACUGGGAAAUUCCCUUUUAAUGACAAGGUCAAGCUAUUAACAUAUGUGAAGCAGGUGUUAAAAGCACCACCACGCUACCCUGCCUGGCUGACCGGUGAAAUUAGAGGCAUCCUGGAUAAGGUAAGGAACAGAUACAUGGGAAGGUGAUAGAGAUGGAAAUGUUAUAUAAUUUAAUUGGAUGUUAUAAAAGGGGUUGUAAAAUGACACGAAGAGAGCUAUAGGAGGAGAGAGGCGAGGGGAAAGUGUUACUGGAACGAGCUGUUUGUUAGAUUUAAUGGAGUAAGCACUACUUUUACUGCAUUUGAGGUCUGCUAGAAAAGUAGAUUGCAUAAGACAUUAAAUUUAAAAUAUAUAAAAAAAAUGCGGUAAAAGAAACAAAAUAUAACCAAUAUACUACCAUAGAGGUCAAAGUCAAGGAAUGUUUAAUACUCACUGUAUCUCCUGACUCUCUUACUAGCUUCUAAAUAAGAACCCAAAGGCACGCCUUGGGGUGAUUGGGAACAUCCGUGACCACCCUUUUUAUAGAGACAUUAACUGGGGAGAUCUAGAGGAGUGUAAAGUGAGCCCUCCAUUUCUUCCAUUUGCAGUAAGUAGACAAAUGCCGUUACUUUUUUAUUCAUAUGCUAAGAUAAGACAACUUUUUGCAGAAAAAUAAUUCCACCACUAGAAAAUGAAAACUGAGCCCGAUUAUUAAUCGUCAUUGCCUACUGUUAUUACCAUUUAAAUGUAUUUGACUUGCACAUUUGAUAAAUGAAAGUCCCCUUUCUUCUGAACAAAAAUGAUAUAUAACAGGUGUUGGUGUACUUAAUAUGAAAGAGGUAAAUUAUGAUUGAAAAGACAAAGUCAAAUUCCAGGUUUUGAUUUGAUUUGAUUUGGAUCAGAACCUGUACAAUUGUUUCUAUCCUUAAAGGAUUAAGUCCAACAGUAUUCGCUUGCCAAGAAAAGAUUCCAUUAAACAUAGCCUGGUAUAAUUUCUCUCCAGUCACUACUUAUGUAGCGUAGAGUUGAAGUACAACAUGACAAGUAGAAAAUGGGCGUUUUUUACUCUUUAUUUUCACUUAGAUAUUUGGUAUUCUUAUUUGGGCUUAAUUUAUGGUACACUUGGGUUAUUUAGAUUGAAGCAUGAUGGUAAGGUAUGUCUUUUUGCUGAUGAUGUUGAUGGUAAGGUAUGUCUUUUUGCUGAUGAUACUAAGAUAUGUAACAGGGUUGAUGUUCCAGGAGGGAUAAGCCAAAUGACAAAUGAUUUAGGUAAACUAGAAAAAUGGUCAGAAUUGUGGCAACUGACAUUUAAUGUGGAUAAGUGCAAGAUAAUGCAUCUUGGACGUAAAAACCCAAGGGCAGAGUACAGAAUAUUUGAUAGAGUCCUAACCUCAACAUAUGAGGAAAGGGAUUUAGGGGUGAUUAUUUCUGAUGACUUAAAGGUAGGCAGACAAUGUAAUAGAGCAGCAGGAAAUGCUAGCAGAAUGCUUGGUUGUAUAGGGAGAGGUAUUAGCAGUAGAAAGAGGGAAGUGCUCAUGCCAUUGUACAGAACACUGGUGAGACCUCACUUGGAGUAUUGUACACAGUACUGGAGACCGUAUCUUCAGAAGGAUAUUGAUACCUUAGAGAGGGUUCAGAGAAGGGCUACUAAACUGGUUCAUGGAUUGCGGGAUAAAACUUACCAGGAAAGGUUAAAGGAUCUUAACAUGUAUAGCUUGGAGGAAAGACGAGACAGGGGGGAUAUGAUAGAAACAUUUAAAUAUAUAAAGGGAAUCAACACAGUAAAGGAGGAGACUAUAUUUAAAAGAAGAAAAACUACCACAACAAGAGGACAUAGUCUUAAAUUAGAGGGACAAAGGUUUAAAAAUAAUAUCAGGAAGUAUUACUUUACUGAGAGGGUAGUGGAUGCAUGGAAUAGCCUUCCAGCUGAAGUGGUAGAGGUUAACACAGUAAAGGAGUUUAAGCAUGCGUGGGAUAGGCAUAAGGCUAUCCUAACUAUAAGAUAAGACUAGGGACUAAUAAAAGUAUUUAGAAAAUUGGGCAGACUAGAUGGGCCGAAUGGUUCUUAUCUGCCGUCACAUUCUAUGUUUCUAUAUUUAGAUAGUGGGUAGCUUCUAGUGGAUGUCAGCUAUCUAGUAGUCUAUGUUCUCGAGACAGACCAUACUAGCCAGUUAGGGUUGUAUUAGAUAAAGGGAUUCUAGCAAUCUUUAUCAAAUUUUAUGCAGGACAUUUAUAUAGCUUAUGUUCAGCUUAUUAUCAGUAGGGAUUUAUAUUAAGUAGGGUAUCAGAACCCCAAAUUCAUCUGUGAAGGUUAUUUAUCUUGGGUGUCGAUACAGUUUAUUGUUUGAUACUUGUUGUCUGCAUGAUCUUAACAAGACCUACUUUCCUAACUCAUAUCAUUGUCCUGCGUACGCUAUCCCUAUCUUACUCUACAGCUCACUACCACUGCUACUUGAUUGCUAUUUAGUUAGAAGGGGAUACAUUUGAUUACCUUGAUACAUUUAUUGAAACAGUUUCCCUGUUUCCUAAUUACAAAUUUUUACAAGGUUGUUACUGAGGUACAUUCUGAUUUACUGAGGUGGUGUGUUUAACCUUUUCAUGAGACAUUUAGUAGACAUACUUCGACAUUUAUCCUUGCGCCUAUUAAGGAUUUUCCCAUAUAUAUUGGCAUAGGUUAUGUGAUGGUAUUGUCUUUUAGACUAUCUCUAUUUUUAAUUGUUCAUCUAUGAAUUCAGAUUAAUGCAAGUUGUUAUGUUGGGAAUUUCACUUUAAAGUUAUAUGCUCUAAAUUUUCAAAGGGUCAUCCAACGACCUUUGCUCCUCUUCAUUGGAACAUAUUGUGUUAAGUCCAACAGUAUUCGCUUGCCAAGAGAAGAUUCCAUGAAACAUGGUAUCAUUUCUCUCCAGUCACUACUUAUGUAGCGUAGAGUUUAAGUACAAUAUGACAAGUAGAAAAUGUAAUUUGAUGCUGUACUUAUUAAAUCUUACUUCUUGUUAUAGACGUCAGAUCAUGAAACAAGCACAGUGGACUUUAAUCAAUCUUUCAUGAAGGAUAACAUCUCCUCAUGUGAUGACCAUCAUAUCAAUGGCCUGUCUUAUGUGAACUUUGAAUGGCAGGAAUAG